CCAUUAUAUAACCCCUUUGCAUAUCCAUUCCACUUCCACAUCUACCCUCAAUCGAUUUUUUUCUCUCUACUCGAAACCCUAGUUUUGGGCUUUUCGUAAUUCUCUCUUAUUUUGUUUUAUUAUUAUCUAUUAUGGCUGAAGAGUUGAGUAACAAGAAGCGAGUUCGAGAUGACUCGGACGAGUCCGAGUUCUCCGAGUCGCAUUUGCCUGAGGUGAAGAGACUCAAGGACGAUCUCCUGAGCAAUCUCGACGACUCGGAUCUGUGCUCCACGAUUCCCGAUUUGGAUUCGUUCAUGAAGAGCUUCGAAGAAGAGAUCUCCGCCUCGGCGCCGCCGUCUCCGCCGGUGGCCGUGGUGGAUCUGACGUCAGAUUCCGGCGAGUCUCAGCCGGAACUCGGCUACCUUUUGGAAGCUUCUGACGACGAGCUUGGUCUUCCUCCAUCGGUUACUACCACGUCGUCGAGCGAGGUAAGCGAGUUGGUUCGGAUUUCGUCCGACGAGUCGGACGAACUCAGUGAGCUGUGGCGGUUCGAUGAUCAGAUCCUGAGUUAUGACUCGUUCGAGAUUGGAAUCGCCGGCCAUGAGGAUAACUAUAACGGCAUUAACAACGGCGAGUACGUUGCUUUGGAUGGGUUGUUUGAUUAUUCGGAUCUAGGUUUCGGGUCGUAUGAUGGACCCGUGCCGUUGUAGCGGCCGGAAACGACGCCAGCGCAGUAGUUCACAGUAGUUCUGGCGAACAAUCAUAUAUAUAUAUAUUAAUGAAAAAGCAUAUUGUAAAGUUCUUUUAUUUUUAAUUUUUUUUUUAAUGUUGUUGUAUCAAUUGAAACAAAACAUAUACGUAGGAAUUGAAGAUCAGAAGAAGUCAGAAAUGCAUGUGAAUUUUUUUCAAGAAUCUGAUGGUUUGGACUAUUGCUUGGGACAAAUCAAUUGGUUUUAGAUUUGGUUUUGGACUAAUGCUUUCGGAAGAAUCUGAGGGAAAAAUCUAUUGAAAUCACUCUCUUUUUGUGUU